GUCCAGAUGCCCCUCACGAUGUCUCAGUCUCAAAAUCACGUCGACUAUGCCACUCCUUCAGCACCGCAACAUCCGUACAUGUCCCACCAUAUUCCAGACGCCUCAACAGGUCUUCCUACCUCAUCUGCAGUCGAUCCCGGUCCGUCAACACAGACCCUCUCCUUUGACUCGCCCCAGGUCGAGAGCAGCAUCGGUCCAGACAGAGGUCUUUCGCGUAGACGAAUCCGCCUGCACGAGCGGGUUCCGAGUCAUGGAGAGCUCCCGGAGUAUGGCUCCAUCUCGCAGUCUUAUGGCCACCCUCCACCAGCCGCUCAUUUCGCUCACCCUCAAGGGUCCCGUCCCCAUUCACCUGUAUCGCAUACUCUGUUUCAGCUUCCUGACCAGACACAGCCGUCCAUGUCGAGUGCGGACGCCUACAACGAGCGCGUGGAUGGCCAACCCCGGCCCGAAUGGCAGAUGUUCCCUCAGAACCAGUCCCGCUCGGCGUCUGGGUCUGCCGCAUCCGCUUCAUCGAACCCUCGUUCCGCUUCGCCCGCCUUGAGCGUCGCCUCCGCUCUUACCUCAGUCUCGUCUGCGUCAAACUCGCAACUGUUCACUGUGUCGGCAGAGUCGCCUAUCCGCAAGCUUGCUGCCCUAGGUCAACGCAGGGACAGGAAGAAGCGUCUCUACAACAUUGACCGCUACCGUAUCUGCAUGCAUGCGCAGCAACACCCCGGCAUGAAGCAGGAGGACAUCGCCGCUCAUUUCGGCGUUGAGCGGAGCACCGUCAGCAAAAUCCUGAAGCAGAAGGCUCGCUGGUUGAGCGUUUCGCCGACGGAGAAGGUUCUUGUUGCGAAGCUCAGGCCUUCAAAGUUUCCUUUGUUAGAAGGCCGUCUGGAGGACUGGGUCAAGAAAGCCUCUAAGGAAGGCAAGGUCCUCACGGACGCUCUGCUUCGCAGAAAAGCGCGAGAGUUCGGCGACCAUAUGGGCUACACCGAAGACAAGUUCAAGGCGAGCUCGGGCUGGCUGGAGAACUUCAAGCACCGUCACGGUAUCCGCCGCGGCGUUUGGCACGGCAACGGUACUCUCGAUGCGAAGUACCGAGCGUACGCAACCGACUUCAUCCCCGAUACGAUUGAGCCCGUCAUCCCGUUCCCGGGCACCCCACCGCCGAUCAAGGAAGACCGCGGCUACAACGACCCCGUCGAUACUGACGACGAAGACGAUGCGACGAUGCACGCCGUCGCAGAGCAGGAGAACAUUCCUCCCGCGAAUGCGCAGGCUAUGCCCUCUUCUCUCGGACUCAUCCCGCACCCCUGGUCUCAGUCUGCCGAGCCGACUACGUCGCACGCUAGCUCAUCCGCCGCCCACGCGUACGGGCCGUCUAGCCCCUCUCAGGUCGCGUACGCGUCUUACGACGAUGCUACGGUCGGUGGAUCUGCCUCGGGUUCAGCGAUGGACGCGGGUGCUGAUAGCCACGGUGCCCAAAUUGGCGAGCUCGCCUUUCUCCCUGAUGGGGUAGAGGUGAUCGAGCCGAUAGGCGAGGUCGACGACCGUGAAGCUGAGCGCUGUAUCCACAAGCUGAUCUUCUACCUGAAGACGAGGGACGAGCUAGAACUGGAGGCCGAGGUCUGGGCUGCAAUGUUUCGCGUACGGGCCAAAAUCUUCGGGUUAAUCUCUGGUCGGCCGUACGACCAGCCCCCGAUGCAGAUUCACCCCAACGGGUCGUAGGCACUCGUGCUCAUGGAGAUUGGGGAGGCUUGCGCAGGCGCGUGUGCCGGUGUAUAGGGACGCACUCGCCCUUCCAUAGGCCCUUGCGUCUCCUGCUGUGGGUGUGGGUCCGUCGGUUGUGUGUUCGGCUCGGCUGUGUCCGACGCCGAGAAGGUUUGUAUGACCAAAAAUCUCUGCAGUGUAUUCUGGACUACGUGUUAUGUCGGGCUCUCGUGUCGUUCUUCUUGCACAUGGACUUAUCAUCAGCAUCCAUCAUCAUGCAUCAUCGUCCCAUUCUCAAAGACUACGUACACUCCCCCCUUUCCAUUAUCGAAUGCACAUAGCAUGACACGUACGCAUUUCCACCAGCAUUUUCCCCUAUCUCGCCUCUUCCGCCGUGUUCAGCAUAUCUGUAGCUAGUGUUCAUUCCCCUUGUCUCGACCUCCGUAAGGUUCUCAUUCACGUCCACGGCUCCGCAUCAGCAUGCAUCGUCCUCACUGUGCCACUACCACGCCACAUGUUUCCCACCUCCAUGUCUUCCCUAGCAAGGU